AUGGCAACUACUUCCAAGCCUGUAAUUUCUCUCCAGCCUCCAUGGACCCUAGCCUUCCAAGGAGAGACAGUGCUUCUGACUUGCAAUGGAAUUGACUCAUCAAGGAAAAUAACAUGGUACCAUGGGAGCAUUAAGACAGAAACCACAGGAAAAAAUUUUGAGGCUCAUGAUUCUGGAGAAUACAGAUGCCAGAUCCAGGACUCACCCUCCAGUAAGCCUGUGCACUUGCAAUUUUCAUCAGCACCACUAAUCCUGCAGGUUCCAGUCUCUGUGUUUCAAGGCGAGCCCGUGGUUCUGAGAUGCCGGGGAAACAAGGAUGUGAUACCAAAUAGUCUGACAAUUUACAAGGAUGGAAAAGUCCUGAAAAAUGACUCAGAAUUCCACAUUCAUCAAGCAAGUCUAAAGAACAAUGGUGAAUAUUUCUGUAAAGGAAUUAAGAAAUCUGAAGAUUUCAUUUCUUCAAACACAGUUAAAAUCCAAGUUGAAGAAUCAUUUCCACCUCCUGUGCUGAUAACCAGACCCUCCCAACCCACUCAAGGGAGCCCAGUCAUCCUGACCUGUGAGAUACAGCUCCCUCCACAAAGGUCAGACACCCAGAUCCAGUUCCGCUUCCUUCGAGAUAACAAAACCCUGGGAUACGGCUGGAGCUAUUCCCCAGAAUACCGGAUCAAAGCUAUAUGGAGCACAGGGUAUUACUCCUGCACUGUAAAGACAGUGACUUCCAACAAGUGGAAACAGAGCCAGAGUGUGCAGAUACCUGUACAAAUCCCCUUAUCUCAGCCUAUCCUCACCCGCAGGCCAUCUGAGACCAAGGUUUUUGAGGGAGACAUAGUGACAUUUUACUGUGAAGCCCAGAAGGGCUCUCUUCCCAUCCUGUACCAGUUGUAUCAUGAAAAUAUUAUCCUGAAUAAGACAAAAGUCUUUUCAAGCAGAACAGUUUCCUUCAGCCUCCCUCUGACCUCAGGACAUUCUGGGAAAUACUACUGCUCUGCUGAAAAUGGACUGGGGACUCAGCUCAGUAGGGCACUCAGCCUUGAUGUCAAGGUCCCUGUGUCUCAGCCACUCUUCACCCUCAGCAGUCCAGAGACCAAGAUUUUUGAGGGAGACAAAGUGACAUUUUACUGUGAAGCCCAGAGAGGCUCUUUCCCCAUCCUGUACCACUUGCAUCAUGAGAAUGUCACCCUGUAUAAGAUACAAGUCUUUCGGAGGGGACCAGUUUCCUUCCACCUCUCUGUAACUUCACAACAUUCUGGGAAAUACCACUGCUCUGCUGAAAAUGGACAAGGAGUGCAACACAGUACUACAGUCAGCCUUACCAUCUUGGUCCCUGUGUCUCAGCCUGUCCUCACCCUCAGGCCAUCUGAAACAGAGGCUUUUGAGGGAGACAUAGUGACAUUUUACUGUGAAGCCCAGAGGGGCUCUCUCCCCAUCGUGUACCAGUUAUAUCAUGAAAAUAUUAUCCUGGAGAAGACACAAGUCUUUUCAAGCAGAACAAUUUCCUUCAACCUCCAUCUGACCUCAGAACAUUCUGGAAAAUACCACUGCUCUGCUGAAAAUGAACUGGGGACUCAGCUCAGUAAGGCACUCAGCCUUGACAUCAGGGUUCCAGUGUCUCAGCCUGUCCUCACCCUCAGGCCUUCUGGGGCCCGAGUUCUUGAAGGAGACUUGAUGACACUUUACUGUAAAGCCCAGAGAGGCUCUCCCCAUAUCCUGUACCAGUUUUAUCAUGAGAGUGUCAUUCUGGGGAGCCACUCUAAUCCCUAUGAAGGAGGAGCAUCCUUCAGCUUGUCUCUGACUGCAGAGCAUUCUGGGAACUACUUCUGCUCAGCAGACAAUGGCCAGGGGCCCCAGCGCAGUGAGGCCGUGAGCCUCUUUGUCACUGUUCCAUUGUCUCACCCAGUCCUCACACUCAAGUCUCCCAGGGCCCAGGCUGUGGUGGGGGAUGUGGUGGAGCUUCACUGCGAGGCCCAGAGAGGCUCGCCCCCAAUCCUGUACCGAUUCUACCACAAGGAUGGCAUCCUGAGGAACAGCUCGGCCCCCUCUGGAGGAGGGACAUCCUUCAGCUUUUCUCUGACUGAAGAGCAUUCUGGGAACUACCACUGCACAGCUGACAAUGAUGUGGGAGCUCAGAACAGUAACACAAUGUCACUCAAUGUCGUAGUUCCAGUGUCUUGCCCAGUCCUCACCCUCAGGGCUUCUAGGGCCCAGCCUGUGGUAGGGGAUGUGGUGGAGCUUCACUGUGAGGCCUGGAGAGGCUCUCCCCCAAUCCUGUACCAGUUCUAUCAUGAAGAUGUCACCUUGGGGAACAGCUCUUCCUCCUUUGGAGGAGGCGUGUCCUUCAACCUCUCUCUGACCAUAGAACAUUCUGGAAACUACUCCUGUGAGGCUGACAAUGGUCUGGGGGCCCAGCGCAGUGAGGUAGUGACACUUUUCAUCAAAGGGCUGACAGGAAGCAGAAGUGGCCCUGUGGCCACAGGAAUCACCGGAGGACUGCUCAGCAUAAUGGGCCUGGCUGCUGUGGCACUGCUGUGGUAUUACUGGUUCUCAAGAAAAACAGGCUUGGUGAUCAUUAUACCUACUAUGUCAGGCUUCCUGGGAAACAGUGGCAUUUUUGUAUCUCACAGGAGCCCUUCUAACUCAGACAACCAAGAGCCCACCUACGACAACGUACCAGCCUGGGUAGAACUACAGCCAGUAUACAGCAAUGUAAAUCUUAAAGAAGAUGUGGUUUACUCUGAAGUCCAGUGCAAACGAGAAGAAAAGACCCAUGCAGUGGCCUCCACACCAGGGCUUCUCAAGGACAAGGACUCUUCUAUCAUCUACUCCCAGGUGAAGAUGACAUCAAUCCUGUCUUCUCAGCCACAGCUCUCUGCACCCUCAGCUCCUUACAGCUGA